GCACAUUAGCUGACGAGUCUGCAACUCUAUACAGUCUGCAAGUUCUGCAAUGAUCAGAUCAGAGAUCAUUUGGUUUGCGUGUCAGGCUUUUAAAAAUUUUUUUUCGAAAGUCCAGGUUAUGUUUUCCACUCAAAAUUUCGGAGUUCACACUCGUCCGUUUUAUCAAAAUUAAUGGGAAUCCCAAAAACUCUCCGUAGCGUCGUCGUAGGCAUACCCGUAGGUUUUUUAUUUUUCACUCAAGUCGGUUAUGUGGCCCGCGUCGAGGGUGUCUCAAUGCAACCAGCCCUCAAUCCCGACGUUGAGCAGGAGGACUAUGUAUUUCUGAAUCGCUGGUCUGUCAGGAAUAGGAGCAUCGAAAGAGGCGAUAUCGUCACCUUCAAGUCCCCCAAGUAUCCAAAUCAGAAGCUGAUUAAGCGCGUCAUUGGCCUUUCGGGGGAUGUAGUUCACACUAUUGGCUACAAAAAAGACAUUCUCGAGGUGCCAGACGACCAAUGUUGGGUCGAAGGAGAUCAUACUGGCCACUCGAUGGACUCAAACACAUUUGGACCAAUACCAGUUAAAAUUAUAACAGCAAAAGCUACUUGUAUAGUGUGGCCACCAAGUAGAUGGCAGAGUUUAAAUAACUAUGUGCCAAGCAAUCGUUUGCCUCUGAGUAACACAAGUUUUUCACCAUUAGCUGUUUGAAUGUGGCUGUGUUUAUCUAGACCUCUACUGUGUAUAUGUUUUACUGCAGUGGGAUGU